AUGGAACAGGACAAUCGCGACCGAGAGUGUCUGGCGAAAUUGCUGCUCACUGACCCCCAGAAGGACAAAGAAAGGAUCCAGACAACCAGGGGAAACCCGCUCUGGGACUCAUACCACUGGAUUCUGGAACACCCCGGGUACGACACAUUCACCAAUGAUCAAUCAAGCAGGGUCCUCUGGAUUAAAGGUGACUGCGGGAAAGGAAAGACGAUGCUCCUCUGUGGUGUCAUCGAUCAGCUGGACAGGUCGACGGACCCACUCUCCUACUUCUUUUGUAUGGCGACAGAGAAACACCAAUCCAGUGACACAGAUGUGAUACGCGGUCUCAUCUACAUGGUACUAGAUCAUUACCCAUCACUCAUGCCAAAGCUUCGCACCGAGUAUGACAAGACACAGGGCAAGCUGUUCGAGAUGUCCAAUGUCAGCUUGAACCUUCAAAAUGUCUUGACCAAUAUGCUGAAGGAUCCGAUUCUCGAGGACGCAGUUUUCGUUAUUGAUUCUCUAGAUGAGUGUACAACGGAUCGACCAACCCUCACCAAGCUCCUUGCCCAUUUAUCGAGCUCGUGCCGACCCAAGUGGAUUGUCUCAAGUCGCGUAUGGCCCGAGAUCCAAAAAGAGAUCGGUGGCAUCCAGGGGAUAGUUACGAUCACGCUUGAAGAAAACAAGAAGAGUGUUGCCGAUGCCGUCCAGUCAUACAUCCGAACGAGGGUGGACGAGUUGGUCAAGAAGUGGGACGAGGAAGACAAGGACAACGAGGUGUAUGACUACAUGGUUGCGAAUGCAGAAGACACAUUUCUCUGGGUGGCCCUAGUGUGUCAGCGGCUCACCGAGUCCAAUGUGUACAAGCAUCGGGUUCUCGAAGAGCUUGAACAGAUCCCCAAGGGCCUUCAUGACCUUUACAAGCUCAUGAUGGAUCGAAUACUGACAUCCUCCGAGUCAGAUCGGCUGAAGGCGGUUCUGACUACUGCCUGUCUUGCCCAUCGCCCUCUCAAAUCAAAGGAGAUGGCUGUUCUCGUUGAGUCGAUGGAGCGAUAUGACGAGAAAGCCAUUCGAAAAACUGUUCGCUCAUGCGGCUCCUUUUUGGCGUAUCAGGAUCGCGUCAUCUACUUUGUUCAUCAGUCGGCAAAGGAGUAUCUUCUUGACAAACGUGCCAAAGAAAUUAUUCCCCAUGGAGUUGAGCACCACCACUUGCAGAUCUCUUGGCGAUGCCUCGAUGUUCUCAAGAGCAAGAGAGGGUUAAAGGAGAACAUCUACGACCUUGGUUCUCCUGGCACAACCGCGAGAGGAUCGUCUCGUCCAAAACCUGAUCCAUUGGCUCCUCUCGAGUACAUGUGCCUCCACUGGGCCAAGCACCUCAUUGACUCGGGUUUUGCAAAAGUUCAAGACGCUGAGACUGUCAACAAGGUCUUGCAGUUUUGUCAAGCAAAGUUUACGUCAUGGUUGGAGGCACUCUCCCUGCUUGGCCACUUGUCCGUAGCAGUUGAGAGCAUUGCCAAUAUUGAAUCAGCACUGAAAAGUUCAUCUGCCGCAGAGCUUAUCGAUUUCCUCUGGGAUGCUCGUCGCUUCGUCCUCAACCACGCCCAAGUCAUCGCAACGGCACCUCUACAAGUUUACUCUUCAGCGCUCGUCUUCAGCCCAAGAAGCAGCAAGGUUCGAGAGAAAUUCGAAUGGCAGGUGCCCACAUGGAUUAUCUCCAAGCCCGAGAUGCCGGAACAUUGGGAUGCUUGUGUCCAAACGCUCCAUGUCCAUAAACGGAGCGUCGGACCCCUCGCCUUCUCGCCGGAUGGAAAGUUUCUCGCUGUAUCUCGUGAAAAGCACGUCCAGAUCUUUGAUGUCGCACUGGGAACCUCCAGCUAUCAGCUCAAUUUUGAUGAGUCUCUGGCUUCUGCCGCCUUCUCCUCUUGUGGCACUAAGCUAGCUAUUGCAUCACAAAAGGGGAGGAUCAUGAUCCUCGAAUUUGGUAAACUCAAGUGUAUCCAAACUUUGGAGGAUGUUGAUAUAUCCGCGGUGGCUUUCUCACCAGAUGGAGAACAACUGGCGACGAUAUCGUCCGAUGAGGCCCACGUCUGGAAUUGGAGGACUGGGGGGAAUCCGGUCAACGUUCUACAAGGUCACGGGAGCUAUACCACCUCCGUAGCUUUCUUGCCCAAGGGCAAACUGGUUACUGGAUCCGAUGAUGGGACAGCAAAGAUCUGGAAUUUGGUUACUAACAGUUGCGAGCAAACCCUCCAACAUGAUGCCUCAGUCUGGUCUGUCGCCUGUUCGGCUAACGGGAGGCGCCUCGCAACUGGAUCAAAAGACAGGACGGCUAAGAUAUGGUAUCAGGAAGAACACACUGGGAAGUGGGUCUGUACCCAAACUCUACAGCACAAGCAGGAAGUGCCGACGGUUUGCUUCUCACCAGACGGCCGUAUUCUCAUUUCAGGCUCACUCGACAACGGUCUCAGGCUCUGGGACGAAGCAGGUGUCUGCAUCAAGACACUCUACGGCCACACAAAGCGAACAACCUCGCUGUCUGUACCUUCAACCGGCAAGUUGCUGGCAUCGGGUUCUGCAGACGGUACAGUGAAGCUAUGGGACAUUUUCACGGUUCUCUCACCCGACCCACCCCCAGCAGAGGAGGAGUGCUCCAGUUCCUUGGGUGACUACGUCUCUCGUAUCACCAAUCUUUCCUUUUCGCCGAAUGGACAGAUAUUGAUAUCCCAUUCAGAAGAGGGGGAAACAAAGCUCUGGGACAUUGGAGAGACCUGUUGUGUCCCAGCUCAGGAAGUUCCUGAUUCUUAUCAGCCAUUGCUUGUGUUCUCACCAGACCAUGAGUUUCUCGCCACGUCUUCUAAUGGUGACAACAUCAGGGUCUGGGACGCAGCAUCUGGGGAGUGCCUCCUAGUGCUGCAGCAUUCCCACUUCAAGAAACCCUUGGCGUUCUCCAAAGACUCUCAGUACCUAUUUACAUACGAUGACUCCAAGACAUGGGUGAGAAAGUUGCACAAUCCUCCCUUCCCCAAACUCGAUUCAGGUCAGACAGGAACUUCAAGGAGUAGCCUUCGUCUGACGACCCAGCUUGGUAUCCUGGAGGCUGUGGUGCCCGAUCGGUUUGAAGACGUUAAACUUGUUGGAUGGGGGGUAACUCUCAAAGGAGAUUGGAUCUGUAGAGGAGCCGAGCCCAUGCUCUGGAUACCCCCUCAGUAUCGAAAGUUGGUCUUGGAUGCCCUGCGAAAGAGGUUCGCGGCCAUUUGCCCUUCGGGUCGUAUCGUGACGUUGCAGGUUGCGUAG